AUGGCAGCCCCAUUCCUCGGCCAGCUUAUGAGCGACUCAGUCGCGGACUACAUCGGAGGAACACCUCUGGUGCGUCUGAACCGUGUCCCCGCCGCUCUUGGAAUCAAAGCGCAGGUAUAUGCCAAGCUGGAAUAUUUCAAUGCCGGCGGCUCCGUCAAGGACCGCAUCGCCAAACACAUGAUCGAACAGGCAGAGCGGGAUGGCGUGAUCAAGCCGGGAGAUACCCUGAUUGAAGCCUCAAGUGGCAACACAGGUAUAGCUAUCGCGCUCAUGGCAGCCAUCAAGGGCUACAAGUGCAUCAUCACUCUGUCUGAGAAGAUGUCUCUAGAAAAGGAGCAGAUACUCCACGCGCUGGGUGCCAGGGUCGUCCGCACACCCGCCGGCGUGCCCAUUGAUUCACCGGACUCCAUCAUCAGCGUAGCAAAGCGCCUCCGAAAUGAGAUCCCUCGUUCUUUUAUCCUAGACCAAUACACAAACCCCGCGAAUCCUGCUGCCCAUGAAUUCGGAACGGCGGAGGAAAUCUGGCAUCAAACACAGGGCAAAGUCGAUGCGGUGAUCAGUGGAGCUGGGACUGGGGGAACCGUCACCGGCAUCGCCAAAGGGAUGAAAAAGCAUAAUCCGGACGUCUUUCUUGUUGGGGUUGAUCCAGUAGGAUCAAUCCUUGCGAUCCCCGAGAGGCUGAAUGAGACCAAGGGAGAAUACAAAGUCGAAGGUAUCGGGUAUGACUUUCUGCCUGAUGUUUUAGACCAGACGGCGCCGGACCUAUGGGUCAAAACCACCGACAAGGACUCCUUCAAACUCGCCCGGAGGCUGGUGCGGGAGGAAGGGUUGCUAUGCGGUGGAUCGGCCGGCGCCACCGUUGCGGCCUUGGUUCAAUUCAUGGAGCAGCGUCCGGAAUUCAACAAGGAGGAGAAACUCAUUGUGCUGAUCCUUGCAGACGGCCUCAGGAACUAUCUGACCAAAUUCGCGGACGACAAUUGGAUGAAACAGAAUGGUUACGCAGUCGAUGCCGGCGCAUAA